CUCAAAAUCGGCAGCUCUGGCACGCAAGUACUGCUGCUAAUUGCAAGUCCGAGCCUACGCGCACGUAUUUGUGCUGCCCGCGCCGCAAACAGCCUAGCUGCACCCAUGUCUCGCUGGGUGCUGGUGACGCGGGACCAAUGCCCACCUGAAAAUACACCGCUCGUCUCGUCCGUCGGCGAGCUGGCACAAGAUGCAGCGCGCAUCGACGAAUGGAAAGCCAAGGCUUCGGCGUCGUUCCCCGGCCGCGACGCGAGCUUCGACGACAAGCUAAAGUGGUACCACUCGUUCAACGACUCCGCCUGGGAUGAUUUCAUGGCGGGAGCACCCGAGCCACCAGAGUAUGUGCCAGCUGUUCUCCUCGACGCGUGCGACGACAGCGUGGAGCUACAGCUCAUCAUUAAGCGGGGCGAAGCGUCCCUGUUGAACAAGAUCGACGAUGAGUCGAAGGCCAAAUUCAUGGCGUCGGCCGAGCGCGUGCGCGGCGAACCGCUGCGGCAGCGCAUCCUCAAUAAAGCCAGAUCUACGGAAAAAGGCCUUGCCGCAUACGUCGAGUGGCUCGCGGAUGAGAACGGUGCCCCUAGUUGCGAGAUGCGCUCGAAGACUGAUCCGAAACCUGUCCCGCUGCUCCACUCCCACGUCGGCCGCGAGCCGUUCGACGACGUGGUCGUCGCGGCGACAACUGUCGCCAAAGGAGACUGCGCGGAAAGCGCCAUCAGGGGGUUAAUGCGGGACGCCGGCCUGUACGGAGGUGUCAUGGCGCCGGCUAUCACGUCGGACUGGUCGAUCAUCGUCCACAACGCGGGCGACGGCGUGGAAAAAGUCGGCGAGCACGUGUUCUACGUCGACAAGCGGGGCAAGUGCUGCGUCGCGUUGGAGCUGCAAAUCUCGACGGGCGAGAGCGAAUCGAAGAAGCCGCACGAGAUGAAGUUUCACGACGACUGCAAGGCCCUCGGGCAGGCGCACGCGGACAAGACGGUCCUGACGAUGGGCGCCGACCCCAAGGACAAGGGGAACAAGUCCGACACCGCGGAGCCUAAAGCGGAGUGGCCAGACUCGGAUUCCUCCGACGAGUCCGAGGACGCCGCGGACGAGAUGAGCAAGCCGCCGGUGCAGGCCCUAUGGCUGCCCAAAUUUUACGACGGCGAGCGCAAAAGAAUGUUCGCUCACGUGCACCGCGGCGCGGGCGAGACGACCAGUAUUAAGCAAAGAUUGCAGAAGGGCAACACGGACACGGGCAACGUCAAAUUUGGUAUUGUCGAGGCGGAGUGGGACUGGCUGCAGAAACGCUUCAAGGGCGACGCCGACCGCGAGCAGAAGUACUUCUGCGGCUUACUGGCGCUCACGCACGCGAUGUGCGCCUCGGACCACUGGAUGUACGACAACGAGUGCUGGGAGGAAAUCUCCGAUUUCUGCAAAAAACUCGCGGCAAAGUGGCGCGAGCACCUCAAGAAGGAUGAAGCGGCGCUGGGUCUAGGCCUCGACGGCGCCGGCGCGGCCCACACGCCGGCCGCGUCCAAGAAAGCCCUUGUUCGGUUGCUCAAUUGGUUCAAGACGCGCAUCGAGGCCCAUCCGGACACCGACUACAAGUUCUCGCUAGCGACGCGGAAGCGCCGCGCGGACGCCGGAAUGCCCAAGGCGAAGAAGGCGAAGAAGUGA